AUGAUUCCCUUUCAAAACGAUCCUGAUAGAGGGAUAUCAUAUAGGAGGUAAUAAAAGAGUAUAAAUUCAAGUUUACCUAAUUUUGUAAUGCAUUUAAACUAUAAAAAAUAGACAGAUCAAUUAAAUUUAAACAUUGGAAUUAAAUAUAUAGGGUUAGCUAGCCUUUAUUGUACAUAUAUUUCUUUUAACAAAAUGAAAUGUUAAAAGUGAACAAAAUCAACCAAUUUAUAUCUAAUAUCUUGGUCUAAAAAGAUUAUUUUCCAAUUUGUUUUAAUCAGAUAAUUAAAUUCAAUCCUUUUAUUAGAAAUUUUUUUGCUACACAAAAAUGCUAAGAAUUAAUCAAGAAGAAGUAGCAUAUCAACUAUCAACAAUAGAGUUUGGUUAAAGGGUCUGCAAUUCAUUUGGCUUAAUAUGCUAGUGUAUUUAUUGCCCUAAUUGAUAUCUUGACAAUAAUUAAUUCAAGCAAUCAUGUAUAUGAUUUUAAGACAAUUUUAGAAUAAAUAGACUUAGAUAAUUACUCUGAAAAAAAAAUUAGUUCUCCUAUAUCAUAUUUUAUAAGUUGUUAUAUGAGAAUAAAAUGUUAAUCUUUUAAAUAUUCCUUUAGAAGAUUGCAAAUUAAGAUUCAAAGACAAUUCGAUUCAGCAAACUAUAUGUGA